ACUGAUUCUAACUCACAUGUACACUCACUGUGUGCAUACCUGAUGUGAAGCAGUUUCAGCCAGUUGCAGGUUUUAUCGUAACAAUCUGAUUAAUCGCACUGUUUCUCCAGUAUGAGCUCCCAGAUUACUUGCGUCGGGUGGGUGAGGCGAGGCGCUGCCAAGGAAACCCCGGACAAAGUGGAGUUAAGCCAAGAGGAGCUUCAGCGCAUCAUUACUGAAGCAAAAGAGGAGUUGGGGGAACUAGCAGCCGAGGAGGAGGAAGAAGAGGAUGAUGAGGGUAUCGCUUCAGAAGAGAAUCCCAGUAACGUUACAGCAGAUGUUGCUGAAGUUCCAAAGGAUGGGAAUGAAGAAGGAAAGGAGGAAGAUGAUGAUCUGGCAGAGUACGACCUGGAUAAAUAUGAUGAAGAAGAUACAGUAACCGCUAGUCUUGGCGACAGUCUUGCUGGGCUCACAGUGUUCGGCUCCAAUGAGGAGGAUCCUUACAUCACCCUCAAAGAUACAGACCAGUAUGAGAGAGAAGACUUCCAAAUCAAACCCAGUGACAAUCUCAUCCUGGCAGGCAGAGCAGAGAAGGACUGCUGCAACUUGGAGAUCUACGUUUACAACUCAGAGGAGGACUCUAUGUAUGUUCAUCAUGACAUUCUGCUGCCAGCUUACCCACUGUGUGUGGAGUGGUUAAACUUUGACCCGAGCCCUGGAGAAGGACCAGCCAACUACGCCGCUGUGGGCAACAUGACUCCUCAGAUAGACGUGUGGGACCUGGAUGUGGUGGACUGUUUAGAGCCAGCCUUCUCCCUGGGGAGCAAAAAGGCCUCAAAAAAGAAGAAGAAGAGCAAGAAGGGGGCAGCAGCAGAGCCUGUCGAGGGGCACACGGACGCAGUGCUGGAUUUAUCCUGGAACAGAUUGGCCAGGAAUGUGUUGGCCAGUGGAUCAGCAGAUGACACUGUUAUCUUGUGGGAUCUGUCUCAAGGCAAACCAGCCACAACUCUGCGCAGACACACUGAUAAGGUUCAGACGAUAUCAUUCCACCCGUUUGAGGCACAGACUCUGAUAUCAGGAUCGUAUGACAAGACCGCUGUCCUGUACGACUGCCGUAGUCCAGACAACAGCUACCGCACCUGGAGGUUUAGCGGUCAAGUUGAGCGUCUGGUCUGGAACCACUUUUCACCCUGCAACUUCCUGGCCAGCACAGAGGAUGGUUUCGUCUACUGUCUGGACGCACGCUCAGAUAAACCUGUUUUCACACUGAGGGCACAUGAUGAAGAGGUGUCAGGUUUGGACCUGAGCAGCCAGAUCAAAGGAUGCCUGGUCACCUCAUCAGCCGACAAACACGUUAAAAUUUGGGACAUUUUGGGUAACAAACCCAAUCUGGUGCACUCACGGGAUAUGAAAAUGGGAGUGCUGUUCUGCACCUCAUGUUGCCCUGAUCUGCCCUUCGUCUAUGCCUUUGGAGGACAGAGGGAUGGUUUGAGGGUUUGGAAUAUAAGUGACAUUGCAGCAGUGGCUGAGGUGUUCGGUAGUCGAGAGCGCUUGGUGGUGAACACAGGAUCACAGGCAUCCAGCAGUGCAGCCACAGCAGAGAUGGAAGUCUCCUAGUGAGCCUGUGAACAUGAAUAAACUGAGCUUCCCUGGAAAGACAUCAGCUGAUCCGCUUAUUGCUGCUUUCCUCGUAGUGCAGCACUCUUGUUUCACAGGAAAAAGGAUUGGAUUAAUGAAGCCGCACUCAUGAAAGACUUUGUCAGACUGGAAGCUGUGACUAAAACUUUUAAAAGACUUUGGAGUUAGUUCAGUUUCUCACAACAAUUAACAACAGUUGUUAUGCACGCUCAAUGAUGUGUUAACAAAAGACAAAAUGUUUCUUAUAUUCAUAUGAGUGAAUAUUUCCAGCAAUUCAUUUUUGAUUUUUAGGUGGAAGCAGCAAUUCAUAUAUUUGAAUUACUGUGUUUGAAUUGUUUAUUCAAUAUCCCCUUCAGUUUGCCCUUCUUUGUACAAAUGUACAAAUGUAAUAUGCUAAGACUGUUUUCAUAUCAAGGAACUGAUUUACCUUCCUAUAUUCCAAACAUGGUUUCCCUAGUAAUAAUAAAUAUUAAAAGAAAUCUGUGUACAAACAUUGACUUUA